AUGUCGGGUCAUCAAGGUCCUGCGGUACCAAUGCCGUUUAUAUUCACCGACUGCAAGGGCAAAAGCCAACCGGAAAAGCGAAAGCUUAUCAGGCAGCAUGUUAUGCUAGGCAAGAACCGUGGAAAGACACGGAAAGGCACUGGAAAAUCGAACACCUCAAGUGUCACCGAAACAUACAAGGAUGUCCAAGAUGGGUCUUCUGCGCUCAUUGUCAAAUUGCAAUAUUCGAGGAUCCCGGACAGAGUCGGCAAUGAGCUUUCAUUCACGCAAUUCGCUGCUCCAGUGGAACCGCCCCUCAUGCAAGAACUUUUGAAGUUCUCUCUCAUGGCAAAGAGAUUGUUAUACCCACUGGAAAGCUGUAUCGAGUUCCACAAGAAGAACGAGAUCGACACAUUAUGGUUUGAUCUCUUGACCCUCGACGCGGCAUAUUUGCAUGCCGUACUCUUUCUAUGCCAAACAUACUCAAGCUUAAUAUCUGAACAUGAAUCACCAAUUGCAACGCAAAGAGCCUUGACGCACCACUCAAUCACGCUCCAUUUACUCCGCGAGAGACUAUCAAAGGAGUCACAAGUUGACUUGAUUUCCGAUGCUACAGUCCUCAUCGUCUUAAAUCUAGCCAGACAUUCACAUCUUGUGCACGAAGAUGCAUCUGCGAGCCACCACAUGGGUGGGCUACGCAAAAUCGUCAAUUUGAGAGGUGGCUUAAAUGCCUUCAGAUGUGAUCUGAUGAUAGCCGUUGAUAACGGCAAAAAGCCUAUAUUUUUCCAAGACCCCGUUUUCGAGCCUUUGUUUCCACACGAUCUGGUUCUCCCUGGUGCGGACCAGAGUGACUUCAAUUUGGGGUCUUCUAGCAAUUCAGCCGAAUCACAAAUAAAUGAUGAUCUAUCUGGAGCCUACUCAGCCAUGAGAAGAUUCUGUUUAGCAAUCAACAUCGCUUCCAAACAUAACCGCCAGCUCCCGAAAGAGAUUCUACUGAACACCAUGGCUUCAGUCAUGUAUCGUCUUCUGGGUAUGAGUUUCAAACCAACUACUAUUGAUGAAAUAUUUCGUCUCGGCCUUCUCGCCUUCUCGUCUCACAUCUUCCUCCGUCUUCGAGAUGUGAAACCUUCUCAUACGCGGUUCCCUGAUGCGUAUAGGAAAUCUCUUCUACAAUUUAAUACCUCGGAGGGCUCAUCGUCUAUCCUUCCUUGGUUGAUCAUGAUUGGCGGCCUAUCAGUCUUCGGCCCAGCUGACGGUCCUUGGCUUAUACCCUGUUUACAAGCCAACAUUGAAUCAUGGGGACUGGAGACUUGGAAUGACCUUCGGGCUUACUUGAAACAAUUUCUCUGGAUUGAUUUCUUGCAUGACAAGCCGGGAGAAGCUAUGUAUCGCCUAGCCAUAGCAGAAAAGAAGUGA